CACUGUACAGUCAGCCCACAGGGCGCGCCCACCUGCUCAGCUUACCGGGACAGGUGAGGCGCGAGCACGUCUCUUCGCUGCAGGUAAUGUGGAUGUGAACGCGCAUGAGCACCCCAUAGGCGACCAGUGACACUGCGGCCGCUCGUCCCCAAUCAUCAAGCCAAGACAACCCCCGGGAACAUCAGACCGGCCAUCCCGGACCAUCUGUGCAAUCACCAUGGCUCUGGCCGAACUCUACACUCAGUAUAACCGGGUAUGGAUCCCUGAUGCAGAUGAAGUUUGGAAAUCUGCUGAAAUUACAAAAGACUUGAAGAUUGGGGACACCGUGCUUCACCUACGCCUGGAAGAUGGCUCUGACCUGAAAUAUGUAAUUGAGAAGAGUCUGCCGCCUCUCAGAAAUCCAGACAUUCUUGUUGGAGAAAAUGACCUCACAGCUCUCAGUUACCUGCAUGAGCCAGCUGUUCUUCACAAUCUCAAAGUGCGAUUCAUGGAGUCCAAACUUAUCUACACCUACAGUGGUAUUAUCUUGGUUGCAAUCAAUCCUUAUAAAGAAAUUCCAAUAUACGGAGAUGCAAUUAUCCAUGCAUACAGUGGGCAAAAUAUGGGCGACAUGGACCCACAUAUAUUUGCAGUUGCAGAAGAGGCAUACAAGCAGAUGGCCAGGAAUAAUAGGAACCAGUCCAUUAUUGUUAGUGGAGAAUCUGGAGCUGGAAAGACAGUUUCAGCAAGAUAUGCUAUGCGCUACUUUGCCACAGUGAGUAAAUCAAGCAGUAAGGCUAAUAUGGAGGACAGAGUACUGGCAUCCAACCCAAUUACAGAGGCUAUAGGAAAUGCAAAAACCACACGAAAUGAUAACAGUAGUCGAUUUGGAAAAUACACUGAAAUUAGUUUUGACAGAAGAUACCAAAUAAUUGGUGCGAAUCUCAGAACAUAUCUUUUGGAGAAGUCCAGAGUAGUGUUUCAGUCUGAAAAUGAAAGGAAUUAUCACAUAUUUUAUCAGCUCUGUGCAUCAGCUUCCCUGCCUGAAUUCAAGAACCUUCAUUUGACGAGUGCAGACAACUUCAACUACACAAGUAUGAGCGGCUGUAUAGAAAUUGAUGGUGUCAAUGACAGAAAAGACAUGAUAGACACACAAAAAACAUUUCACUUACUAGGUUUCAAUGUUGACUUUCAGAUGGAUGUCUUCAAGGUUCUAGCGGCUAUCUUGCAUCUGGGAAACAUACAGAUCAAGCGAGUUAAUGAUGACAAGUCAUCAGUCAAUAAAAGUGACAAGCAUCUGCAGAUAUUUUGUGAACUGCUGGACCUCGACCCAGAAAAAGUGGCACUAUGGCUUUGUAAUCGGAAAAUAGCCACAACAUCAGACACCGUCAUCAAGCCCAUGACAAAACAUCAGGCUGAAUAUGGCAAGGAUGCUCUGGCUAAGAAGAUCUAUUCUCAUCUCUUUGACUUUUUAAUUGAAAAAAUCAAUAAAGCCCUAAGGUUCCCAGGAAAACAGCAUACAUUUAUUGGAGUGCUUGAUAUCUAUGGGUUUGAAACAUUUGAAGUCAAUAGUUUUGAACAGUUCUGCAUCAAUUAUGCAAAUGAGAAACUACAACAACAGUUCAACUUGCAUGUCUUCAAGCUUGAGCAAGAGGAGUACAUGAAGGAAGAUAUUCCUUGGACUCUCAUAGACUUUUAUGACAAUCAGCCAGUCAUUGACCUCAUCGAAGCAAAGAUGGGUAUUUUAGAACUACUAGAUGAAGAAUGCCUGUUACCACAAGGCACCGAUGAAAACUGGUUGCAAAAACUGUACAACAACUAUGUGAAUAAGAAUCCCUUGUUUGAAAAACCAAGAAUGUUCAACAGAUCAUUCAUCAUUCAACACUUUGCAGAUAAGGUAGAAUAUAAAUGCGAUGGAUUUUUGGAGAAAAAUCGUGAUACAGUAUAUGAAGUAUUGAUUGACCUGCUGAAAACUAGUAAGUUCGAGCUGUGUGCCAGCUUUUUUAAAGACAACACAGCCAGCACGCCGCAGUACAGUGCUGCUAUCAAGGUGAAGUCUGCAAGACCUGUGAUAAAGUCAGCAAACAAAGAGUUCAGGAUGACAGUUGGCAGUAAGUUCCGCAGUUCCCUCUGUUUACUUAUGGAGACCCUUAAUGCCACCACUCCUCACUAUGUGCGAUGCAUAAAGCCUAAUGAUGAAAAGCUGCCAUUUGAAUUCGACCCUAUACGAGUUGUCCAACAGUUAAGAGCGUGUGGUGUGCUAGAAACAAUCCGAAUUAGUGCACAAAGCUAUCCUUCCAGGUGGACAUACAUCGAAUUUUUUGGUCGCUACAGCAUUCUCAUGACACAGCAGGAAUUGGCUUUGAGUGAUAAAAAGCAGAUUUGCAAAGUUGUAUUGCAAAGAUUAAUCCAGGACUCCAACCAGUACGUGUUUGGAAAGACUAAAAUCUUCUUCCGAGCUGGCCAAGUGGCUUACUUAGAAAAACUAAGAUCUGAUAAGCUGAGAAAUGCCUGUGUUAUGAUCCAGAAGAAUAUCCGAGGCUGGGUGCAACGUAAGAAGUUCCUACAUGCAAGAAAUGCUGCCAUUGUCAUACAGCAGUAUUUCAGAGGACAGCGGGCUGUCAGGCAAACAAUAAGUGCAACUGCAAUUAAACACGCCUGGGCAGCUAUCAUCAUUCAGAAAUACUGCCGAGGUUUUCUUGUUCGCCGUAUUUACCAGCUCAUAGUAGUAGCUGCUGUGACCAUACAAUCAUUCACACGAGGUUACCUGGCCAGAAAGAAGUUUCGCAGGAUGCGUGAGGAGCACAAGGCAUUGAUUCUACAGAAGUAUGCCCGAGCUUGGCUUGCACGGCGCAGGUUUCAGAACAUACGGCGCUUUGUAGUGAAUAUUCAACUCUCCUAUAGAGUGCAAAGACUGCAGAAGAAGCUUGAAGACCAGAACAAGGAAAACAAUGGCUUAUUGGAAAGACUUACCAGCUUGGCUUCCACUCACUCACAUGAUGUUGAUAAACUUCAUAAACUCGAAUCUGACCUGCAAAAAUCCAUCAUGCAGCUGAAGUCACAGGAGGAAAAAGGGAAGAAAUACAAAGAUGACACUGAACAGAAAAUAUCAAAACUACAAUCUCAGAACACUGAACUUCUGGAGCACAAGCAAAAACUGGAGACCCGAUUAGAGGAAACAAACCAAGAGAUGAAGGAUAAAAUGAAUGAACUUACAAACCAGCUGUUUACAGAUGUUGAAAAAGAGGGAAAACAAAGAAUGUAUCUUGAAAAACAUUUUGAAAUUCAGAGAAAAGAUUAUGACAACCAGAUAAAGCAACUGAAGUGGGAGAUUGAGAUCUUGAAAGAAAAAAACAAAAAAUUAGUGAAACAGAUAGAGAAACAGACUGCUCUUAAUGAUGGACUCACACUGGAAGUAGCUCAGCUCUCUAACCAGGCAAAGAAAAUACCAGAGUUUCAAACUCAGAUUGAACGUCUUGAAACCCAGGUGAAGGAGACUGACAACCAGGCACAAUUACAGAAGCAGGAAAUGCGUGAGAGAAUGUCUGAAAUGGCCAAACAGCUUUUGGAGAGUUUUGAAGUUGAGGAUGUUAAAAACAGACUUGCCCAAGAAGAUAUAGGAAAUAUAAAUGAAGAUGGAGAACUUUGGUUUGCUUAUGAAGGCUUGAAAAAAGCAACCAGAAUCCUGGAAAAUCACUUUCAGACACAGAAGGAAGGUUACGAAAAGGAGGUUGAGCUGUUGAACUUCAAAGUAAACCAUUUUAGUGAUGACAUAAAAAAUUUUCAAAAGUCGUUGCAGGAAGAGAAGGAUACAAAUGAUGCCCUCAGAGAAGAGAUUAUAAGGCUGACAUCUGAGAAUAAGGCCAUAACAUCUCUUAAUGAUAAAAUUUCUGAACUUGAAAAGGAAAAUCUGGAUCUCCAAGGCUGCAUCUAUGAACAGAGCAUGAAAAUGCCAGACAAAGGAGACAGAAUUUUUAAUCAUAAACAUUACCUGGAAGAUGAGGAAAUGUCACAAAAACUUCAAAGGAGACGGACAGAUCAACAUGCAAAUGAAGAACCUGAUGGCAAAGUCCAAAAAAUUCAAGAGCACAGCAUUCUCCUAAAAGAGCCAAAUGAAAUGGACGGCCAGGACUUUGAAGAACAAGUGGAUAAAAAGGAUAGGAUUAUCAAGAAACUACAAGAUCAGAUCAGAGCUCUCACAAAAACCAUGGAAGUUGAAAACCAAACAAGCGUGCCAAGUGUUUUUAAAGAUUAUUUGGGAAUGCUGGAGUUUUCACCAGAAGAAGAAACAAGGCUUGUAGUCAGUCUUAUCCUGGAUCUGAAGCCACGGGGAGUUGUAGUGAAUAUGAUCCCAGGUCUACCCGCUCACAUCCUAUUUAUGUGUGUUAGAUUCACGGAUUACAUUAACGAUGCAGACAGAAUCAAAUCUCUGAUGAAUGCUUCCAUUAAUGGCAUUAAACAAGUUAUUAAGGAACAUGCAGAUGAUUUUGAAAUGUUGUCUUUCUGGCUGUCCAAUGCACAUCAUUUCCUUAACUGUUUGAAGCAAUACAGUGGAGAAGAGGAGUUCAUGAAGUACAAUGUGCCACUUCAGAAUAAGAACUGUCUGAAGAAUUUUGAUUUAUCAGAAUAUAGACAGAUUAUCAGUGAUCUGGCUAUUCGUAUCUACCAUCAGUUCAUUACAGUGAUGGAGAACAAUCUCCAGCCAAUGAUAGUGCCCGGCAUGUUGGAAUAUGAAAGCCUUCAUGGAAUAUCAGUCGCAAAACCCACAGGAUUCCGCAAACGCUCAUCUAGCAUCGAUGACACAGAUGCGUAUACCAUGACGUCCAUUCUCCAACAGCUGAGUUAUUUUUAUACCACCAUGUGUCAGCAUGGCAUGGACCCUGAACUUCAGAAACAAGUUGUGAAGCAACUAUUCUUCCUGAUUUCCACUGUCACACUAAAUAGCCUUUUCCUGCGUAAGGACAUGUGCUCUUGUAGAAAAGGAAUGCAGAUAAGAUGCAAUAUAAGUUACAUGGAAGAAUGGCUGCAGGGGAAGAAUCUACAAGGAAGUGCAGCCAAGGAGACUCUGGAGCCCCUUUCCCAGGCUGCAUGGUUACUGCAGGUGAAAAAGAUCAAAGACGAAGAUGCCAAAGAAAUAUGUGAGCGAUGUACGGCUCUUUCCCCUGUGCAGAUUGUCAAGAUCCUGAACUCUUACACUCCGAUUGAUGAUUUUGAGAAACGCGUGACACCUUCAUUUGUACGCAAAGUUCAGUCAAUGCUAAACAAUCGUGAAGACAGUUCCCAGUUAAUGCUGGACAGCAAAUAUCUCUUCCAAGUAACAUUUCCAUUCAGUCCAUCUCCCCAUGCUCUGGAGGUGAUCCAAAUUCCCAGCAGCCUCAAACUUGGCUUCCUAAAGAGGAUCUAAAGCCUAAGAAAGAACUGCACUUUCUUUGUCUACAGACACGAGGGACACGUGAAAGCAUUAAUCUGUGGAUGAACUGGCUAACAUUCUUUAUUUGGGAGUAUUCAUGGUUUUAGGUGGGAUUUCCCCAGAUUAUUGUGUUUUUAAUUGAUCUUUUCCAACAAACAAAUAGUUUUUUUUAAAUGAAGGAUUUUCUGAGAAGAAAUUACAGCAUUUCAUGCAAACAAACAGACAGAAAAGUUCCA